GCGAUGUCUCAACUGUACUACCGGAGGACAGACAACUCCUCCUACAGGGACCGGAUCCCUCUGAGGAUUGUCAGGGCCGAGUCUGAACUGUCUGGCCUGGAGAGGAACUACCUGGGAGCAGUGGAGAAAGGAGACUAUGCCUCAAUCAAACAGGCUCUAGAGGAGGCAGAGAUCUACUUCAGGAUCAACAUUAACUGUAUAGACCCGUUGGGCCGCACAGCUUUGCUGAUAGCUAUAGAGAAUGAGAACCUGGAGAUUAUAGAGCUGCUGCUCACCUAUAACGUGUACGUCGGUGACGCUCUGCUACACGCCAUCCGUAAAGAGAUGGUGGGGGCCGUGGAACUGCUGCUCAACCAUAAGAAGCCCAGCAGGGAGAAACAGGUUCCUCCCAUCCUAUUGGACAAGCAGUUCUCUAACUUCACUCCUGACAUCACACCCAUCAUCCUGGCAGCUCACACCAACAACUAUGAGAUCAUCAAACUGCUGGUGCAGAAGGGGGUGUCCGUGCCCCAGCCACAUGAGGUGCGCUGUAACUGCAUGGAGUGUGUGUCCAGCUCUGAUGUGGAUAGUCUGCGUCACUCCCGCUCUCGUCUCAACAUCUACAAGGCCCUGGCCAGCCCAUCACUCAUAGCCCUCUCCAGUGAAGACCCUUUCCUCACAGCCUUCCAACUCUCCUGGGAACUACAGGAACUCAGCAAGGUGGAGAAUGAGUUUAAGUCGGAGUAUGAGGAGUUAUCUCAACAGUGUAAACAGUUUGCCAAGGACCUGUUGGACCAAACCAGGAGCUCCAGAGAACUAGAGCUGAUCCUGAACUACAGAGACGACAUCAACCCUCUACUGGAUGAGAACACCAACGACCUGGCCAGACUCAAACUGGCUAUCAAAUACAGACAGAAAGAGUUUGUAGCCCAGCCCAACUGUCAGCAGCUGCUUGCGUCUCGUUGGUACGAUGAGUUCCCUGGGUGGAGGCGUCGUCACUGUGCAGGGAAGUUCCUAACCUGUAUCUUCAUCGGCCUCCUCUUCCCCCUCUUCUCCCUCUGCUACCUGAUCUCUCCUAAAAGCCGCUAUGGAUACUUCAUCAGGCAACCCUUCAUCAAGUUUAUCUGCCACACAACGUCGUAUCUCACCUUCCUGUUCCUGCUGCUGCUGGCCUCCCAGCACAUCGUCUCUACAGACCCCAAUAGACAGGGGCCGACUCCUACUGUGGUGGAAUGGAUGAUACUGCCCUGGGUACUGGGCUUUAUCUGGACAGAGAUUAAACAGAUGUGGGAUGGAGGGUUCCAGGACUAUAUCCAUGACUGGUGGAACCUCAUGGACUUUGUUAUGAACUCUCUGUACCUGGCUACCAUCUCUCUGAAGAUUGUUGCCUAUGUCAAGUACAGCGGCUUCAGGGCCAGGAACGAAUGGCAGAUGUGGCAUCCUACCCUGGUAGCAGAGUCUGUGUUUGCCAUCGCUAACAUAUUCAGCUCCCUCCGCCUCAUCUCUCUGUUUACAGCUAACUCACACCUGGGACCUCUACAGAUCUCUCUGGGCAGGAUGCUGCUGGACAUCCUUAAGUUCCUGUUUAUCUACUGCCUGGUGCUCUUGGCUUUCGCUAAUGGGCUCAACCAGCUCUACUUCUACUACGAGACAGAUGAGGGAAAGAAGGGAUGCAAGGGCAUCCGCUGUGAAACACAGAACAAUGCUUUCUCAACGUUGUUUGAGACGCUCCAGUCAUUGUUCUGGUCUAUCUUUGGGUUGAUCAGUCUGUAUGUGACCAACGUGGAGGCAGACCAUCAGUUCACAGAGUUUGUAGGGGCCACCAUGUUUGGAACCUAUAAUGUCAUCUCUCUGGUGGUUCUACUCAACAUGCUCAUCGCCAUGAUGAACAACUCCUACCAACACAUCGCUGAUCAUGCAGACAUUGAGUGGAAGUUUGCAAGAACCAAGUUGUGGAUGAGUUACUUUGAAGAGGGAGGGACUCUGCCUUCUCCAUUCAACAUCAUCCCUAGCCCCAAGUCAAUCUGGUACUUCAUCUGCUGGAUCAGGAAACACAUCUUCAAGAUCACCAGGACCAAGAAAACAGAAACAUUUAGAAACAUAGGGAAACGGGCUGCUAUAAACGUAAGAAUAAACCACCAGUAUCAGGAGGUUUUGAGGAACCUGGUGAAGAGAUAUGUAGCAGCCAUGAUCAGAGAUGCCAAGACAGAGGAAGGACUGACUGAGGAGAACUUUAAGGAGCUGAAGCAGGACAUCUCCAGCUUUAGGUAUGAGGUCCUGGGGAUGAUGAAGGGGAAGGUGGGGCCCGGGGGUGAGGGCGUGGCUUUAGCAGGAAGUAAACCCAGUGAAGGGGCAGGGGCCUCCAGUCUGGUCUACCCUGACCACUCCUUCAAGUACUCCCCCAAGUUCCCCCCGGCCACGCCUAAGACCAACAUGUUUCACGACACCACAUCCGUGCUCCAGCAGAGGGCAGCCCCCUCCACCACCUCCUCCUCCACAUCCCCUUCCACCUCUCAGGGCUUGAACAGACUGUUCAACGGCUCUGUGGUACCCUCUUGGGCCUCCACUGACACCUCCUCCAACCCGACCUCCUCCACUCCCAUCUCCUCUUCCUCCUCCACUCCCAUCCAUGCCUCCACCAAAGACAGGCUGGCCAGGAAAGACUUUCCCAAAGACAUCUGUGACUUUGGGCUCUACUCUGUGUCUGACGAGAUGGGGGAGGCUGACCUGGAGGAGCUGGACUGUGCUGGAGAGAAGGAGGAGCAGGAGGGGAGAGUGAAGAGAGAGAAGAGUCAAUGUUAAAACAGACUGUUGAGGAUGAGACUGCUACGUAGAAGGACUAUAGGGUGAAGGCUGUUUAAAAGACCACAAACGAUUUUAAUGUAUCAUUAUGAUCUGUCUUCAUGGAGGCCUGUGUAGUAGCUUGCCUUGCUUCGCCAGAACCAAUUCAGCUCUCAGAUUAAUAUAUUCUGGUCUAUAAAACAGAAGUAUAAGCUGGAAAACAGAAGACAAGAAGUCUGUUUCUUGGUCUGUGUCCCAAAUAGCACCCUAUUCUCUAUAUAGUGCACUACAUUUGACCAGGGGACA